UCCCUCUUUUUCUUCUUCAUCUUCUUCUCCAAAAUCUCCCGCCUUCUCAUGUCCAAACGUCUCCUCCCUCGCUUGAAAACCUCAGCAAAAUCCUCCCAAUCGGACUCUCGAAUCCGAAACCUCGCCUUUACUAUUGUUCAAAUCCUCAAGUCCCACGAAACCAACCCCAAUUGGCCCCAAUCCCUUGAAGAAAUCUCCCUUAAUGAUGAAGAUUUGACACCGAUCAUCGCGCGGAUUCCCGACCCCGAUGCGGCUCUCAGUUUCUUCUCCUGGGUUCGCCGCCGCUCCUUCACCGGCUCCCCUGACAUCUUUGCUUACUCCGCCCUUCUCCAGGUCCUGUCCAAGUGCAGACGGUUCCCAGAUAUCGAAUUUGUGCUGGAAAUAAUGAAAAAUGAGGAAAAGGCGCCGACUUGUGAAGCCUUGAGUGCUCUUCUUGAUUCUUAUUCGACCUCCGGCUUGGAAGAUAAGGCUAUGAAUGUGUAUUCUUUGAUGAGAAAUCAGGGUGAGGGUUUUCCGAGUGCUGCGGGUUGUAAUCCUUUUUUACAGUUACUUGUGAAAAGCCAGCGUUUUGAUGUUGCCCGCGAGGUGUAUGAUGAAAUGCUGAAGAGAGAUGGUGGGGCAGAUACUUAUAGUACUUGUAUAAUGGUGAAGGGUUUGUGUGUGGAGGGGAGGAUGGAUGAGGCUAAGAAGUUGAUUGAGGAUCGGUGGGGGAUUGGUUGCAUCCCGAAUGUUGUAUUUUACAAUACACUGAUAGAUGGGUAUUGCAAGAGUGGGGAUAUUAGGAAGGGAUAUUUGCUGUUCAGGGAGAUGGAGUCCAACGGGUUCUUGCCAACUUUGUUGACUUAUGGAGCUUUGAUUAAUGGGCUUUGCAAGAAACACAAUUUCGAGAAAGUGAAGAAGAUAUUAGCACAAAUGGAAACACAAGGAUUGCAUCCGAAUGUACAAAUUUACAAUACUCUUCUGAAUGCAUGGUGUAAGAUUGGUUCAUUAGUUGAGGCAAAAGCGGUUUUCAGACGAAUGAUUGGAAGUGAUUGCCAGCCGGAUAUUGUAACUUAUAACACUUUGAUUUGUGGACUUUCAAAAAAUGGAAAAAUUCGAGAUGCCAAACAUUUUUUGAGGGAGUCCAUUAGGAGGGGCUUGGUUCCUAAUGCACUUAGCUAUACUCCCCUUAUACACAGGUAUUGUGUUGAUGGAGAGGUUGGUCUAGCAUCAAAUUUAAUUCUAGAAAUGAUGGAGAAAGGGCACAAGCCUGAUCUGGUUACUUUUGGUGCUCUUGUUCAUGGGCUUGUGGUUAGAGGGGAGGUCCAUGAGGCCUUGGUCAUUAGAGAAAAGAUUAUGGAGAGAGGAGUGCUUCCAGAUGCAUGUAUCUAUAAUGUUUUGAUAAGUGGGCUCUGCAAGAAAGGACUGCUUCGAUUUGCUAAAAAGUUGCUUGCUGAGAUGCUUGACCAUAAUAUCCUCCCAGAUGAAUUUGUCUAUGCUACACUCAUGGACGGAUUUAUUAGAAGUGGGAAUCUUGAUGAAGCGAAGAAGAUCUUUGAGUUUUUGAAAGAAAAAGGCAUUAGGCCAGGGGUUGUAUGUUAUAAUGCUAUGAUCAAAGGCUACUGUAAAUUUGGAAUGAUGAAUGAUGCUAUUUUGUGCUUCCAUAGGAUGAGGGUGGAUGGAUUAUGUCCUGAUAAGUUCACCUAUACAACUGUUAUGGAUGGUUUUGUGAAGUUCAAUGAUCUAGAUGGAGCUUUAAGGAUUUUUGGUGACAUGGUGAAGUGUAGAUGCAAACCAAAUGUAGUUACUUAUACUGCACUUAUUAAUGGGUUCUGUAAGUCAGGGAAUUUUGACAGGGCAGAACGAAUCUUUGAAGAGAUGCCAUCAUGUGGUUUUACCCCUAAUGUUGUUACCUAUAGCAUUCUCAUUGGCAGCUUUUGUAGAGAAAAUAUAUUUGACAGGGCUGUUGCGUAUUUUGAAGAAAUGUUGCUUAGGAAAUGUAUCCCCAACAAGUGUACUUACCAUUACUUGGUUAAUGGCCUGUCAAAUGGUGCAUCAGUUAUUGCUUCUAAUGAGAAAUAUGAUCUUCAACAAAAUGAAGAACAUAUGGUUUUGGGCAUCUUCAAGAGUAUGACAUCUGAUGGAUGGGAUCAUAAGACUGCUGCUUAUAACACUAUUAUUCUGUGCCUGUGCAAAUAUCAGAUGGUUGAAAAGGGGAUAGAGCUGAAAAAUGAGAUGGUUCUAAAAGGAUGUGCACCAGAUUGUCUCACAUUUCUUUUCCUUCUCCAUGGAAUUUGUGAACAAGGCAGAUCAAAUGAUUGGAGAAACAUUCUUUCUUGCAAUUUUCCAAGAAUUGAACUUGAGAUCGCAUUUAAGUAUGCAAAGUUGCUAGAUGUAUACCUUAAUCAAGGAAUGAGUUCAGAGGCUUCAUUGAUAGUGCAAUCACUGCUAGAUCAAGGAAUGCUUCUAGAUAUAUCAGCUGGUUGACAAGAGCAAUGAGAAACUGCUCUUCUUCUGAGAUGAAUCAUACUUGGCUUCAAGCAGAGACGAUGGAAGAUAUCAAGCAAUUUUCACCUUAUAUAUUAGUAGAGGGUUUUCUUGAGAUAAGUAGCAAAUGAGGUGAGCUUCUUUCUGCAAAGUCAAGAAACGUGCGGUUUUUUUUAGUGACAAGUAUUUGACAAUCAUCCAUUUGUUUUGCUUAUGCGUCAUGGGUUCCCAAUAUGACAGUAGUGUGUGUUAUAUUGUCUUAUAAAUAGAGACUUCAAAACCACCUGAGGUGCUGCACAAAGAUCAUUGAGGGCCAUCGCACCUGCAUAUCCAACUGAUGUCUACUGUAGUCCGACUUCAGACAAUUGUAAUGGCAACGCUAUAACUGUAACAAGUAUAUAGAUGGUGAACUUAUGCGGUUCAAGGGAAGAAAUGACAAGAAAUUAAUGUGCUGCACCUACUGAUAGGCAAGAUGGUGGUAUCACUACCUGUACUAGUGAUAGUGAUUUUUCUAUGCAAUUCAUGUGGAUGCUGCCUGUGUGCCAACUUCGUCAACUUCAAGUGAACUGCAUUGAGCAAAUCUUUUGUGGAUAUGCAUUUAAAGAAUAAGCCAAGCUAAAGCUUAGUUACAAGAAGAGAAGUAGCUCAAGUGGCAUGAAUUGCAAGAAUGAAAGGAUACAGUGGGUGCACAUUCUACGGUGAGCUUAGAGUCAUUCUUUGAACAAGAAAGUGAGGUCUGAAAGCCUGCCUUUUCCAUCACAUAUUCUUCUUAUAAUAAAGGUAAGCAUUCGUCAAAAGCUGGAAUUAUAAAUAAAGCGAGACCAUCAAAUGCAAUAUUUACUGGAGGAGAAGCUCUUGAAGAAAUUUUCUUUCUUCAAAUUAAAGCCAGAGGAUAUAUAUAAUAAUUCUCUUCAAAGGGACCGCAUUUGGACACCCAAAAAUUUUGUUGUAAGCCUAUCAGACCAAAUCUGCAAAUUCUGAGCAACCUGUUCAUUGUGUAAGUAAUAGCAGAUUGAGAGCUCAGAGCAGCAGAAGAGAUCCAAGUCAGGUGUGCAGCCACUGGGAAGGUGUUGUCAAAUGUACUCCAAUGCCCAAAAUCUGAAAUCCAUCAUUUAAGACCAGACCACGCGCCGAUCCUAUAACUAUUCCCGUUUCCCGAUGAUGAACCGGGAAACGCGCUUUCUAACGGAAUCGACGGUGUCAAAUUUCGGGUCCCAUUUUCUGGGUGCCGAAACGUUCCCAUUAAUCCCGUUCUCCAACAAACGCUAUCGCAGUAGCAGUAGCUCUCUCUCCUCUCAUUUUCACUCGAAUCCUAUCACCAUCCGGUAAGAAUACCCCUCACCAACAUAAUAAACG